UGAGACAUGCUGGAAUUAAAAAUAUAAAAAAAACGUUGCCGCGUAAUUUUGUGCGUAUUCUUUGGGCUAUUUUAAAUACCAAACAUGAUUAUUCUAUUCCUUGUGCAACUAUUUUUUGUAGCAAGUGCGAAAUUAUGCGAUGAUUGGAAGAGCGUGGAUUUGUCUGACGCGAAACUUAUUCACGACGGCACUUUCGUGAAAAACGGUACACGUUUCCCGCCAGAUUACGUUUAUAGUAAAAAUGUUAGUGGAGUACCAAAGCACUUCGGAUGUUUAUGUGAUCUGAAGAAGUGUUUUAGAAAGUGUUGUCCUUUGGGAGAGGUUUUUUUGAAGAGAAAUGGCACAAAAUCCUGUAUCAAGGGUUACGACGUUUUACAAGUGAAAGGUUUAAAUGUAUCGUUUAUGACCGAAUAUAAGAGAACUAUCAAUUUGACGGAUGGCGAAUUGCAGUUGAUACAUGGGGUUCCUUGCAACGGAGAUGUUUUUCUGGAGUUCAAUAUGUGGUUCGUCCAAGAGGAUGGGAGACUUUACACGGAAAUGCAACAAAACAUCCCACCAUGGUUGCUGAAGACGCAGGACAAGUAUUGCGUGGACACGUUUAUAAUAGAAAACGAGGAUGGUUCGCAGACGACCAGCUUUGACGCUUUGGUUUGUUUAGCGCAGACUAAGGAGGAAAAACAGAAUUAUGAAGUUAGCUCUUCAUGUAUGAUCAUAUCCUGCGUGUUUAUCCUCGCGACUGUUGGGGUUUACGGCUGGCUACCUGAGCUGAGAAACCUGCACGGAAGAGUUUUGAUGACGUACCUCAUGUGCCUCUUCGUCGCCUUCGCUUGCCUUGCUACCAUGCAAAUCUUGCUAAUCGUGGAUAACAUCAGUAUUAACCUCUGUAUUGGAAGCACUAUUGUCAUCUACUUCAGUCUGCAAUCCGCCUUCUUCUGGUUGAAUGUCAUGUGCUUCGACAUUUGGUGGACUUUCAGUGGGAAACGUGGUAUGACCAUUGAGAAGUUGUCCCUGCGAGCAAAGUUCUGCGCGUACGCACUCUAUGCGUUUGGAAUACCGACCCUUUUGACUGCCAUAAUGGUUUCUCUGGAAUUUUCCGGAUUACCACCAAACCCGUUCCUGCCAAUGAUAAGACGACAAGGAUGCUUUUUGUCUGGUAGAAGCAGAUUGUUGUACCUUUACGCACCGAUAAUCCUAUUGUGGUUCGCGAACCUUCUAUUUUUCAUCCUGACCGCGGUUAAGAUUACUCAGAUUAAGAGACAGACCUCAGUUCUGAAGUCCCGGGAGAGUGCCACUCACGACCGACAAAAUAGCGAAAGGCAAAGGCUCCUACUUUACGUGAAGCUGUUCCUUGUGAUGGGCAUCAACUGGCUGCUGGAAGUGAUUAGCACAUUCUACCCCGAGGCUAAUAAAUUUUGGUGUUUUACCGAUGCAUACAACGUGCUCACCGGGCUCAUCAUUUUCAUAAUAUUCGUCUGCAAGCGGAAGAUAUUCAGAUUGAUGAAGAAAAGAUACAAUCAAGUCCGAGGCGACUCAAACAUGUCAAAGAGUCAAACUUCUACGCGCACAUUCUGCUCCACAACAAGGGACGAAAUCGGUCUAACUUCUAGAACUGACUAUAAGUAAAAACAAGUCUUUGAUAAAAUAAUAUAUUGCAACCAAUUAAAUUAUAGAUAACCAUGUAAAUCUAUGUAAUAGAACCCGUAACAAGCCUGUAAUGUCGACAAUAGAGUGCAAGCACCAUUAAAGUUGUACAGUGGUUGGAUAGCAUACGAAUUUUAUAAGAGCUCUUUAUAUUUAUUAUGCAGCUAAUAGCGUUCAACGCUAGUCGCGCAAAUUUUCCACAUUCAUCACUUUUACAUAUAACGAUGUAAAUAAAACAUAAAACUGUUACUAAGAAAUAAUUAAUUAGAGUUAUUUAAUUCUGGUGCAUUCCUAUUAUUAAAAAUAUGGUGCAUACCGAAACAUUAAUAUUAAACUCGUAAUAACUUAUAGCUAAAUCAAAAAUACAGAAAUU